UCCCAUUGUGGAGAAGGAAGUGCAGAGCCACCAGUCGCACUAUAAGAUGACGCUGGCACCAAACUACCGCAUGUCUCCCGAGAAUGGGAAGAUGGUGAAAGUGCGACCGAACCGAGCUGCCCACAGUGCUGUGACCCGGUACCGCGUUCUGGCUAGCUCUCCCUCUUGUUCCCUCCUGGAGCUCCAGCCAGUCACAGGAGUGAAGCACCAGCUCCGGGUCCAUCUGGCCUAUGGAUUGGGGUGUCCAAUCCUCGGGGACCACAAAUACGCACACUGGAGCAAGUUGGCACCCCAGAAGCUUCCCGAGAACGUUUUGAAGAGAUUGGGGUUGGAACAGGCCAAGGUGCGUCACCUCCCCCUCCACCUGCACGCCCACCAGCUCACCCUGCCCACGGGGACCAGCGGGGACAAGCAGCUGCACCUGGUCUGCAAGCCGCCCCACUUCUUCACAAACACUUUAAAGCGGCUCAAGCUGGAGAUUCCAGAGUCGCUGGAAAAGUGAGAGGAGAGCGGAGCCGCCUGUCUCCUCAGCCGCCAUUGCUCCAAUGACAUCUGACUCUGGUCCUAGCUGCUGUGCGGUGCUGUCUGCCUCAUGGGAGAAUGGGGUGAUGAGUUCAGUGAUCUCAGCCGCUCCAGGAAAACCACAGCCACUGGGGACACUGUCUGUGCAUUGACCUGUUUGAUUGAUUUUGGGCCGUUCAGCCGCUUGGGGGAGGUUCUGACUCGGCUCCAAGGUCUGGUUCUGUGCAGAAACAGGACUGGAUUCAGUGACGAGCCAGCAGGUUCAGCCAGUUGUGGUUUGGCAGAGGUAGAGCAGGGCUUUGCCUGAAAUCCAAACUCAAGCCAUGAACAUCUCUAAACAAUAAAUGGUGUGAUCUCAUUCUA